AUGGGCAAGACAGCCAUCGUAACUGGCUCAGGCCGUGGCAUCGGACGUGCGAUAGCCCUCCGCCUCGCGGACGACGGCUACGAUGUCUGCGUGAACGACAUUCCAGGUCAAGAAGAGGUCGCCCAAGCAGUCGCAAAAGAGAUCGAAGGCAAGGGCCGCAAAGCAUGCAUUGCUCUGGGAGACGUCUCAAAGAUCAGCGAUGUGCAGUCGAUCGUGCAGACCAGCGUGGAUAAGCUUGGCCCGCUGAACACCAUGGUCGCCAACGCAGGCAUUGCCCAGGUCAAGGGCAUGCUCGAUCUCACGGAAGACGACUUUUCCAAGAUGAUGUCGGUCAACAUUACGGGUGUACACAACUGCUAUUCGACUGCAGCGAAACAGAUGAUCAAGCAGGGUAACUGUAAGAAGGACGCUCCUGGGAAGCUGAUUGCGGCAUCCAGCAUCGUCGGCUUCAAAGCCUUCGCACUCCUUGGCCACUACUCUGCUACUAAGUGGGCAGUCCGAGGUAUGAAUCAAGCCUACGCUAUGGAGCUUGCGGAGCACAACAUCACCUGCAACACCUACGCCCCCGGGAUCGUGGACACGCCCAUGUGGAAAUUGAUCGACAGCGAAAUCGGCAAGAAGUCAGGCAAAGGAGAAGGCGAGGUCAUGAACCACUACGUGAAGGAGCUCACUGCUCUCGGACGGCCUUCAGAGCCAGAGGACGUGGCGAAGCUGGUCUCUUUCCUGGCGAGUCAGGACAGCAAUUUCGUGACGGGGCAGACGCAGUUGGUGGAUGGCGGUAUCGUUUUCACAUAG